CCUUUAUGUGUAUUCGCUUAAUUUGCUAAGUAUUUUUAUUUCCGAAACUAUACUUCUGGUAUGUUUUAUUCUUAAUUUUAGUAAAAAGUAAUGCAUUGUGAAUAAUGAAGUUGAAAGUGUAAAGAAAUUAAACAGUGGCUUUUAAUAUCACAGUACGUGAUAGUUAGUGCUUAUCCAUACCAGGCGAAGAUAGUAGGGGAAAAAAUCGAUGUAUGCAAAUUACAUUGUACAAAAUAUUAAUCUUUGGAACGUUCGCCAAGUGCAUCUAAAUAAAUUAUUUCAUUUAACUGCUGGGUAUAAUAAGACGUUUGAGUUAAGUGUGCUUUAGAAACUCAGAAUUGGUUGCUUCUAUGAAGCAGGAAAAUCAUCUCUUAAAAAAAUAUCGCUUCUACAAAAACAUAUCUUAUGUUUGGAUAUUUAAAUAAGGAAGCCAAAAAAUACGAACAACUAAAACUCAAAACCAGGAAUAAAAGCUUCUAAAAUGUCCGAUAGCAGUGUGUUGCAUAUAAAACAGGAGUUGGAUAUCAGCACAUCAUGUUGCAGUCCAAGCACCUCCACAACAUUAGGUGUUAAUCGGUCUAAUUCGUAUUCGAACGGGACCAGCGGUAGUACAAGUAGCACUACCAGCAGUGGCAGUAUUGCAAGCGGUGGAGGCACAGGCGGGAAUACAUCUACUAGCGGUAAUAAAUCAUCACCUUCCGUGUCCCCAGAGCGACAGCUUUGUAGCUCAACUACUGCGUUAUCGGCUGACUUGCACAGCGUCACUUUGACUGGCUGUGAAGCAAGUAUACCGAUUACAUUGAAAGAAACUGAUUGUGGUGGAGACAAUGGAAAUUCUAUAACCAAUAGCAGUAACUCUAUGAACGGUGGUGGAGUCACAACCGGUGGGUCAAUACGUGACGAAUUGCGUCGCCUAUGUUUGGUGUGCGGUGAUGUGGCGUCAGGAUUCCAUUACGGCGUGGCCAGUUGUGAGGCUUGCAAGGCAUUUUUUAAGCGUACAAUACAAGGAAACAUUGAAUACACGUGUCCCGCUAAUAAUGAAUGCGAGAUCAAUAAACGGCGGCGCAAAGCAUGCCAGGCGUGUCGCUUCCAGAAAUGUUUGCUCAUGGGCAUGUUGAAGGAAGGUGUACGUUUAGAUCGGGUGCGUGGAGGUAGACAAAAGUACCGCCGUAAUCCAGUUUCAAACUCAUACCAAACAAUGCAGCUACUUUACCAGUCUAAUAGUACCUCCCUUGAAGAUAUCAAAGUCCUAGAGAUCCUAAACGCUUACGAACCAGAUACCCUAACGGUUCAACAGCUACCACAACAACCGCAUACCACUACAGAUGGCAAAGUCACCCAGAAUCGCUUAAUUAAGUUGGAACAUAGUAAUUGUGGAAGUGGUGCCAGUAAUAAUAGUAGCAACAGUGAGAUAUUAUCUUCCAGUUUGGCAGCACCAACUUCUCAGCCAAUAUGCAUUUUUCAAAACAACAAUUGUGAUACAGGCGAAGUUCUCGCCAUGCUCAGUGAUCUUUAUGAUAAGGAGCUAGUAAGCGUGAUUGGCUGGGCUAAACAGUUACCCGGCUUCACUGAGCUGCCACUAAACGACCAGAUGAAGCUUUUACAAGUAUCAUGGGCGGAAAUACUAACACUGCAGCUAAGCUUUCGUUCUUUGCCAUUUAACGGACGGUUAUGUUUCGCCACAGAUGUAUGGAUGGACGAAUUGCUUGCUAAGGAGUGCGGCUUCGCUGAAUUUUAUUAUCACUGCGUACAAAUCGCUCAGCGUUUGGAACGGUUAUCACCACGGCGAGAGGAAUAUUAUCUGCUUAAAGCAUUGAUUUUAUCAAAUUGUGAUAUUUUGCUAGAUGAUCAAAGUUCGUUGCGUGCAUUUCGUGAAUCGAUACUUAAUUCAUUAAAUGAUGUUGUGUGCUUAUUGCGUUACGGAUCAGCCGUUUCACAUCAGCAGCAAUUACUAUUGUUGCUUCCAGCAUUGCGUCAAGCAGAUGGUAUAUUACGUCGUUUUUGGCGCGACAUUUGUCAUGAGGGUAAAAUAACAGUAAAAAAAUUGUUCGUUGAGAUGCUUGAACCUGUAUCCAGGUGAGAAUGACCUUCUGCAGGGCGCAAGAUAUGAAUGUUGCUGUAAAUAAAUAAUUCUCAUACGCAAUGGAAAAACAAUUUGGCGUGAACAAAGCAAUAGUAGAUAAAUAAAACAGAAACUCAAUGUAGUGGUAGGGAAUAUAAAUUCUUCGAUUGUGUAUCGGUGAGAGUGCUUGUGGCGGGGCUUUCAAGGCUUGAGUUUUGUACGUAAACAUAUCGAAUUUAGUACUAAUUAUAAAAUUUGUAUGCGAAUUUGCCGUUUAUAUUAUUGGUUUGGAAAAAAUGAAUCACACAUACAAAUACAAAUUUCAUAAUUCUUCUUUCCUUGAAUAAUUAACAAUUCUUUCGAGAGAUGAAACUCGUUAUUUUGUUUUUAAUUUGGCAAAUGUUACACUUAAGAUGUACCGCAGCGAGGACCCAUUUUUUUACAAAAUUAAAAUAAAUAUAAAUGAGUUUCAAUAAACGCGUUCAUGCAAACUAUUAAUUAUUCUGAAUGGUCACAUGUGUUCAAUUUUCGUAACUUAUUUGGAAAAUAUUUUGGUUGGGUUUAUUGGAUACCAUCAUCUAUUGUUUAGAAAUAAUAGAGACUGAUGCUUUGUAUUAGCGCGCCCUUGAAGUCAUCUAUAUUUCGGGUAUGAUAUUGCAUACUAUAUAUAUAUAUUCUUAUAUAUAUAUUGUAUACCGUUAUGAAUUUAUAAAAUAUGGAAUACUAUACAUAUAAUAAAAAUUUCAACUUUUGCAUACAAAUUUUCAUAAGGAACUCGGUUUUUCUUUCUUUCAUUUAACAACUUAGAAAAUUACCCAUAAUCUAGCCCUACUCUGCUUCAAAAUCAUCUAAAUGCAGUAUUCCUAAAUGAAAUAUAACACAAAUGACAUGCAUUUCUAAACAUUAUUCAACGAUUGCACCUUAAUAUAUAUAUGUACAUAUAUUGUAUUAAGAGUGAUCCAUUCGCAUUUUUCAAAAUAUUGGGAUACGAAAAUCAGACCAUGAAGUUUUUAAAUGAUGUAAACAACCAAAAAUGGCAUUUACUUGUAUACACAUACAUAUAAGGCUUAUUCGAGACAUGUAUAAAAUAAACGUUUGCAACCCUGUACCAAAUGCUAAACGGAUACCUUUUUAGGUAAAGGGAAUACGUGUGUAAAUCAAAAUAAUGAAGUUUUCUAUAAAUAUUUCAAGACAAUUUCGAUAUUGACCGUAAUUGAAUAAGACAAAUAAAGGAAUGAAACAAGCGUGCAAACAAAUUUUUUAUGAUACAGAUUUAAAAGCCAUUGCGCGCAACAAGAGAUGAAUUUUUGGCAGUUAGAAAAUUAUACUUUGCCGAAGCUGCCAGAAUUUCUCAUCGAACGUGACACUUGAAGAUAUCGGGCGCAACACUGCUGUUGUCAUUGCAACUCGAGCAAGCCCAUAGUGUACGUUUUGGGUUUCAUAUUAGGCUCGAAUUAAAAAUAAAUAUCAUUAUAUAUAAGAAGAUGUUGGCAAUCUAAAUCAGUACGAACAAAACGGACACGUGCGAGCGGUCUGUCAUUUGUGACUAUGCGCUCGAACAAUGUGAUAAGUAGUAACAAAAUUUGAGUUCCGAAUGUUUGCAUACAUAUGUACAUAUAUGUAAGUACUUGCUUACCAACAUUUGCUAGUACUUAUGCGCUCAUAACUGAAAUGGCAUUAAAAAUUAUACUCGUAAGAUACUUAUAAAAAAGGCAAACGACAGACUUUAAUUUUUAUUUCAGCUCACCUCCUCAUGUUACAGUGUAAAUUUUCUUACAAUUUCGAUUUCUCUAAAUCAUAAGUAACGGCCUAUGUUUUUGGGGUUUCAAUAUAGUGUACUUUUGGAUGAAGCCAAAGAUUUUCUUACACGGUUGAAGCGUAGGGUCUAGCGAGGAUUUUUAAAUCAUUCGUAAAUAAAAUAUAAAUCAUUCGUGCACACAUAAACGAAUAAACAGAGCAUGAACAUCCAGCUAAGCCGUUUAUUGCUCAAGAAAACUUUCAAGCCAUACACAGGAUUCUACUAUAAACUUCAACCGUCACAAACAAGCUUGUAUAUACGUUGUUAUUUAUUUUAUAGUUUACCGAUUGAAAUGCUUUGCCCUGAUAUACUAUGUAUUUCAUAUUUUAAUGCAGUUAUAAUUCUUUAUCAUUAAUCUUUAGAAAAUGUGUGAAAUGGAAGAAGAAAAUUCAGAUUUCUGCAAAUUAUUUUCAUCUAAUAGUCCUGAAUUAGUCAUGUAUUUAUGUAUGCAUAUGUACAUAUGUACUUGGUAUGUAAUUGAAAGCCUAAAGCCUAAAGCCUAAGCAAAAAAUGUGAAACCCACAAUUCAUAUUUAUGUCUCUUUAAAUAAGAAAUGCAAGACCCUAAUCGCGUUUCGUGUUGGUCUAAUGAUAAGCAUAUUUGAAUAGAACAAUAACCCCAACCCCCGUUACUGUAAAACUUACGGAAUACGAGUACAUACAUACAAGCCUGCUUUAUCACACUCAUUUACAUAAAGGUGAAAAUAUAGCGAUAAAAAACAUGUAUACGUAUGUACAAUAUAUGUAUAAAAGUACAUAUACCUACUUAUAUGUAUGUAAAUAAGUAUAACUACUUAUAAAAUAUUUGUCUAUUAAGUAUUGUACUUUAUAGUAGAAUCUUUGUAAAUAAUAUUGAAAUUAGUUUAAACUGAGAAUCAAGUAGUUUGUAAGUGGUAGCAAUGUAUGUACAUGUAAAGUGUUAUGCAAAUACAAAAGGGCUGGCAAAUUCGAAUUUCUUUGUUAAACUCAAGUUAAACACAUAUUUUGAAUGGAAAUUCAAUACAUAAUAUUUUUAUUGGCAGACGAACAUAUAAAAGAGGGUCUACAAUUUUUGAUUUAUAUACAAUAUUAUCCAAAUAAUAAAUCCAAAUAAUUUAGUGAAAUUUCCGAUGACAUUCAGACAUAAUUAAGUCCACAUCUCGGAUAUUUUAGCGGCCAAAUUACUGCAAAAUAUCGUGAAGUUUUUCUUCCCGGAAUUCGGUUAUGCAAUAAAUUUAUUAAUUCUCACCGUCCACAAAUCGCUAAAGGCUAAAAAACGUUGCUAACAUAUCUCGAUAUUGCAAUUUAUUAAAGCUAAACUCAUUUCUUGCUGCAUUUUCAAAAAAAUGAACUAAUUACACGACCAGCGAUACUUUCAGUUGCAUGGUCCAUCCGUGAUCGUGCACUGGUGCCUUGUAACCGUGUCAGCUAACUCGAAUUUCGCGGUUAACUUUUUCAUCGCGUGCUCAUCUAUAAUUUUCGUAGUUGAUUUUAAUUAUUCUUAUAUGUUUAUCAAAAUAAUUUUAGUAAAUUGUAGAUUAGCUGUUAACUGGGACGGCUGUUAAAACAAAGCAAUGCUAAAAAAGAAAUUCGCACUUGAAAGGCCCUGUAGAUGCAGAGUAUAUAGUAGGUACAUAUUUCAGACUUUGGCGAACAAUUUGUAUUUGUAUACUUUUGAAAAUAAAACAAUAGAGCCAUGGAGCUUUUUCGUUGAUUUCAA